GUGUGUCUGGAAACUCUUCAGGACUGUUAGAUAGCUUCGGCAGUGGCGGCAUGGGCGGUUCAGGCGAGGAUGAGAAAGAUAUGAAAAUGGAGGAAAUCGGAGAAGUAGGCGGAGGAGGAGGAAACCGGUGGCCAAGACCGGAAACUCUAGCUCUCUUGAGAAUACGUUCGGAAAUGGAUAAAGCCUUUCGUGACUCCACUCUCAAAGCUCCCUUAUGGGAAGAAGUCUCCAGGAAAAUGAAGGAGCUUGGUUACAAAAGAAGUGCAAAGAAAUGCAAGGAGAAGUUCGAGAACGUGUACAAGUACCACAAACGUACCAAAGAAGGUCGUACCGGAAAAUCCGAAGGCAAAACUUACCGGUUUUUCGAAGAGUUACAAGCUUUGGAGGCUCUCAAUUCCUAUCCACCCGAACCCGGGUCACAACCCUUAAAAUCUUCUACAGCCACAACGACCGUGAUAACAACGACUUCUUUGAUACCAUUGAACCAUCAUCAGGUUAGUGUGAAACCAAUCGCCACAAUACCUACCUUCCUAGCCAAGCAACCGUCUCCUACAACACCUUUCCCUAUAUAUAGCAACAACCAUGCAACUACUAUUGAUACUGGUUUUAGUCCAACUUCAAAUGACUUGAUAAACAAUGUCUCGUCGCUGAACCUUUUCUCGAGCUCAACUUCUUCAUCUACUGCAUCUGAUGAGGAAGAAGAUCAUCAUCAUCAGGACAACAGAUCAAGAAAGAAGAGAAAAUAUUGGAAAGGAUUGUUUACGAAGUUAACUAAUGAGUUGAUGGAGAAACAAGAGAAGGUGCAAAAGAGGUUCUUGGAAACUUUUGAGAAUCAAGAAAGAGAGAGAAUCUCAAGAGAAGAAGCUUGGAGGGUCCAAGAGGUAGCGAGAAUCAAUAGAGAACACGAAACACUAGUCCAUGAGAGGUCUAAUGCCGUGGCUAAAGACGCUGUAAUCAUAUCCUUCUUACACAAAAUCUCAGGAGGACAACAACAACAACAACAGAAACAUGAAGUACCACAAAGGAAACAAUAUCAUAGUGAACAUUCAAUAACAUUUGAGAGUAAAGAGCCAAGGCCGGUUCUAUUCGAUAGCAACCAUUCACUAUCUCCUAGUUCUUCAAGAUGGCCUAAAACCGAGGUCGAGGCCUUAAUAAGGAUAAGGAAAAAUCUUGAAGCUAACUAUCAAGAAAAUGGUACUAGAGGGCCAUUAUGGGAAGAGAUCUCUGGAGGGAUGAGAAGAUUGGGAUACAAUAGAAGCGCUAAAAGAUGCAAAGAGAAGUGGGAAAACAUAAACAAGUACUUCAAGAAAGUCAAAGAGAGCAACAAGAAACGACCUCUUGAUUCUAAGACGUGCCCUUAUUUUAACCAGCUCGAAGCUUUGUACAAUGAGAGGAACAAAAGUGGGGCAUUGUCAAUAUUACCUUUAAUGUUGACUCCGCAGCUUCUCCCACAAGAAACGCAGACUGAGGUUAAAACUGAUCAGGGGGACAAAGCUGAAGAAGGAGAGAGUGAAGAAGAUGAUUACGAAAAUGAAUAUGAAGAAGGAGACAAUGAGACAAGUGAGUUCGAGAUUUUGUUGAACAAAUCAUCACCUAUGGAUUAACAAUAAUAUUUUCACCUUUUUUUGUAUUCCUCUAUAUAAACUUAUCUAUUAAACUACGCAAUGGGGUGAAAAAGAACAUAUACAACAAAUGUAAGUAAAUGGAUUUGAUUUUUAGAGUUCCUUUUCGUGGUGUUUUAUAAAAUAAUUAAAUUUGUA